AUGGAUGAUGAGCAACAGCGGAAAAGGGUAUCAAAGGCAUGCGACGCAUGUCGAUCAAAAAAAGUUAAAUGUGAUGGUGAGGAGCCUUGCUUUAAUUGUACCAAGUCAUCUGGUACAUGCACAUACGCGCGAGUUGUCAAAGCACGGCGGAAGCCUCCUACCAGAGUGUCAAAUAGAAAAAUACUGGCAGAUUUGUCCGACCGUCUAUCCAGGUUAGAAGAUGUUCUCAUUCAAUUGAGAGAUGGGCCUUUGAGGACUGAAACCGUUGCCAUAUACCACAACGGUGGUUCGAGCUCCCCUAAUUCAGACCACUUUCAAUCAGGUAGUAAAGGUAGUUCAUCUUAUUCCGAAGCAGACAGUGGAUCGGAAACAAGCGAGUCCGAAACAGAGGCCAUUUCGCAAAAUGCCAAAUUCGUGCAGUAUUCUCCCAAAAGUCCAGAAAUAGUACAACUUCCAACUGCUGAUGAUCAGAUUUUGAAAUCUGACAACAACAUAUUUAAGUCGGGGGUCGCAUAUACACCCACAAAUAUCUCAGCUAAAGAAAAUGUUCACUCUCCCCAGUAUUUGUCCGCGGGUGAUGGAUUCUUGGGAGCAUAUUCAGCAUUUUCAAUGUUUUCCCCAAAAGGUAUGCAGUGGGUACAUGAGAAAUUAUCUGGAGAUCCCGAAAUUUUAGCGACUUUGUUGCAGAUAAAGACGGCAAUCUGCUAUGACAACUUUAAAGACUUUAACCACUAUUUCGAGAAAAUUGGAAUUAUAGACACGUAUGAUUUCCCGGCAUCUGAAGUGUGCGAAACUCUGUUCCAAGCUUUCACGAAUUAUGCUGCUCCGAUAGCACCUAUUGAGAUCAAAUCUGAAAUUCCAGGUGUUAAGGAGAAAUUUGAGCUAUCACCAAGAACCCUCAAUUUUUCCGAGCUAUUUUUUGUAGGUGUCGUGUUGCUAAUAGGCGCCACUGUUCAAUGCCAACUUUGCAGCCUAAGCAAUCAGAACCCUUCAAGGUGGCUUAUGGUACAGACACAGAUGAUGCUUAAAACGUUGCAGUUAUAUCAACAAACCAGCCUCGCUCACUCCAGCGACACUUUGCUUUACAUUAAAGGUGUUUUGCUGUUUUGUUGGCAGAUCGAAAAUUCCUCUACGCCUCAGUUGGGGUAUCUCCUGUUAUCAACAGCUGUUCGCCUAGCUAUGGAAAUUGGUUUACACUUGAGGGAGACUUAUUUUGGUAUAAGCGACCCGAAAGAAGCCUUGAAGCGCCAAUCAUUGUGGCUAAAUUUAUACCGAUACGAUAUUUAUUUGUCCAUUCGUACUGGUAAGCCCACCUCUAUCCACGAGGGAGACACAAGUUCUUUAAACGACUGGGAUUAUUAUCAGUACAUGGAUACUUAUCGAAGGGGGGUCAAGUUUGACUUGCAAAGAUGUCCAAACUUCCACGAAACUACUAAUUGGUUGACUGACUUGGACUCCUAUUUACAUGCCUUCUGCUGUGAAUCAAUGGAAAAUUUAAAUUUUGCCUUACAAUAUUAUGAAUUAAAACUCGUUCAAUAUUCGAGCAAAUGCUAUCGUUACCUAUUGACGUGUAGAGCGCUGGCAGAGAAUGACUAUAAACACAGAUUGGUACUGGUUGAAAAGCUCAAUGCAGAGCUGAAUGAGUGGCAAGCAAACUUGCCUGAUUUCUUGCAACCCAAGAGUGAUUUGAACACCUUGUCUAAGCUUGACAUAGCCUUAGAUGGCUUGCCGGAACGAUCUAGUGGUUCCGCUGCUUGGUCAUAUAUCGACACAUCACCCGCGUUUUUGAGAUCAAGAAUUUUGAAUAUGCAUCUGGAGUAUUAUCUGAGCAUGCUGUAUACCAAUUGUGUUUUGAAUCGCAUCCCGUGGUUCUCUGAUCAUUCCUCUCGCUGCCCUACUAAAGCUUUUGCGCAAAAAACUGUGAUCAAUAAAGAAAAAUGUGCUUUUGCAGCUAGAAUGAUGUUGAAAAUCGGUAAGAUCAUCAUUGAAUCAAGUGACCCAAAUAUCUCGCUGAAAGGAAACGUCUUUUACUCAUAUUUCAGCGGGUUUCUGAACCUACUAUAUCGUUGUAUUGAAGACCCUUCUGCUGCAAAAGAAGAUCUGUUGCUUUUGUAUGAGACUACUAUGGUAAUGGUGGGUGCCACUAAACUUCAACGAAACCCAUACUCUCUCAAAUGGACAAUUGUUGGUUUCACCUGUUUGAGCCUUCUGAAAGUACUUGUGGUAACCUAUGAAGCGGAGACUAAAGACAAGAGCUUGGCAAUCGAUCUCGAUUUGAUACAAAAGGAUAUAAGUAAUUUGCAAACGCUUUUGGAAAUCCAGCCCAAAGAAACCUUGACGCAGCUACGAAUCAUUGAUGAAUUCCACAACAACCUGAAGCCCUCGAUGUCCGAAAAUUUUGCUCAUGCAAAACCUGAAAAUGGUGCUUCUGGGGCACUAAACAUUUGGUUUGAAGAAUUGCCGAAAACCACUACGUUAGAAAGCGAAAACCUUACGAGUAGCGGCGAAACGAACGAGGCUCUGGGAUCAUCAUUAAACGAUAUAUAUAGCUUGGCACCAAACCGUGGCGAUCCAAAUGAACUGCCUCUAGGGAGUCAGGAUUUCGAUUUCAUGCAGUUUUUUUCGGCAGGCGAUCCUGAGCUCGAGCUGCCAUCCAUUUUUCAUUUUUAG